UACUCCUCUAGGUUCAUGCAAUUCCCAAGCACAACUUCAAAGUAAAAAAAAAAAUCGACAAGCUAAGCCACCUCCAUCAUAUCAUGGAGAUGGAGCUAAGUGCAGCAGCGCUCCUUUUCGUCUUCCUCAUCUCCUUGCCAAUUCUUGUGACCUUGCUGAGCCACAAAUCAACUCCAACCUCUAAGAAGAGGCGGCCUCCAGGCCCAUGGAACCUCCCAUUGAUUGGAAGCCAACUCCACUUCUUCAAGUCGCAUUCACCGGGUGUUUUCCGGGACCUGGCCAACAAGUAUGGCCCUGUGAUGUUCCUCCGGAUGGGCCAGAUCGACACUCUCGUGAUAUCCUCGCCGGCGGCAGCAGAGGAGGUUCUCCUCGUGAAGGAUAUCAUCUUCGCGUCGAGGCCAAGCAUCGUGGCUUCAGAGUUCUUCUGCUACCAAAACCUCGACAUCGUCUUCUCGCCCUAUGGUGCUUAUUGGCGGACGCUGCGCAAGCUCUGCACGAUGGAGCUCCUCAACGCAAAGAUGGUGCGUCAGUUCGCCCCCAUCAGGGAUAACGAGACGUUGUCCCUCAUCAGAAAUAUCCAAGCUGCUGGCCGAGGUGGUGAGCCAGUCCAUCUCGGUAGGGAGCUCUUAUCCUGCUCAAACAUGAUCACAGCAAAGGCGGCUUUCGGCCAAGUUUACAGCAGCGAGCUCCGGGACCAGUUUCUAUCGUCGAUGGCUGUGAUGACAAGCUUCACCGGGGGCUUCACCUUCGGGGAUGUCUUUCCAUCACUGCGCUUCACUGACGUCGUCACUGGGCUCAGGCGAAGGAUGUGGCGAGCACGCUUGCAGCUGGACGACGUCUUUGACAAGAUCAUUGCUCGAUCUGAGGCGCAGCGAGGUGAUGACCUGGUGAGUGUCCUCCUUCGGAUCAGGGACGAGGGGGAGCUGGAAUUCCCCAUGGGCAUCAUAAACAUCAAGGCAAUUAUAUUGGAUAUGUUCACUGGAGGGACGGAUACGACGGCUAAAGCUGCAGAGUGGACAAUGUCAGAGCUCAUGAAGAACCCAGAUGUAAUGGCCAAGGCACAGGCUGAGGUGCGACAAGUAUUCGAUAACGUGAGCCCACAAGACCAUGAGGGCAAGAUAGAUGAGCUGCACUACACUAAAAUGGUGAUCAAGGAGAGCAUGAGGCUGAACCCAGCGGUGCCAUUGCUAAUGCAUCUCUGUCGGGAGACUUGCGACGUAGGUGGGUUCCAAGUCACGGAGGGAACUAGGGUCGUAAUCAACGUAUGGGCCAUGGCAAGGAGCCCCAAGUACUGGCUUGACGCAGAGAAGUUCAGACCGGAGAGGUUUGAGGAUGGAAUGCUUGACUUCAAAGGCUCCCGGUUCAAGUACUUGCCAUUUGGGGCAGGGAGGAGAAGGUGCCCUGGUGAUACCUUCGGGCUGGCUGCGCUAGAGCUCAUUAUUGCACGCCUUCUCUACUACAUCGACUGGAGCCUCCCGGCCGGGAUGCAGCCGGACGACAUUGAUAUGGAAAUGAUCGUUGGCGCAACAGCCAGGAGAAAGAACCAGCUGCAACUAGUGGCAUCACCAUAUAAGGUCGUUCCCGUGUAAUGCUGAUCGACGUGAUCGCCAAGUAUAUGCUUGCUGGCCAACAUCUACAGUUGUGCCUGCAUAACGUUGUACUAAAAAUAAUUGAUCCAUUGAUAAUUUUGUAUAUGUUCACUACUCCACCGCCCCCAUCA